AUGGCAUUUUCUUAUCUGUGCGCUCUGUUCCUGAUUGUCCUGUGUGGAGUGUGUGGUGAUUCAGAUGAAGUGAAGUCAGUGUCAGUGCUGGAGGGAGAUUCUGUCACUCUAAACACUGAUGUUAAAGUACAGGGAGAUGAUCACAUACUGUGGAGGUUUGGACCUCAAGAGAGUCGAAUAGCUGAAAUCCAUAGACAGAACAUUUAUAUAGAUGCCACUUAUACAAUAUUUGAGAAAAGACUCCAGAUGGACAAUCAAACUGGAUCUCUGACCAUCAGAAACAUCAGAACUGAACACUCUGGACUUUAUAAACUACAGAUCGUCAGCAACAGAGGAACUUCAAACAAGAGAUUCAAUGUUUCUGUCUAUGCUCUUCUUCCUGUUCCUGUCAUCACCAGAGACUGUUCUCAUUGUUCAUCAUCAGAAACAUCAUCAAACAAGAAUUGUUCACUGCUGUGUUCAGCUGUGAAUGUGAGUGCUGUGACUCUCUCCUGGUACAAAGGAAGCAGUUUAUUGUCCAACAUCAGUGUGUCUGAUCUCAGCAUCAGUCUCUCUCUACCUCUGGAGGUUGAGUGUCUGGAUGAUUCCUACAGUUGUGUUGUGGCUUAUUCAUUCACUAACCGAACUACACACCUCAACAUCACUGAUCUCUGUCAGCCAUGUUCAGAUGGUCAGUCUGAGUCUGUCAAACAUCUAAUGAUUGCUGUUAUAACUCUGCUGCUGCUGCUGCUAGUGAUCUCAGCUUCAGCUGUGAUGAUGUUCAAUCGCAGGAGACGCAAACAAUCAGCACAAGAAACUCGGACUACUGUGGAAGAAGUGGAUUAUACUGAUGCAAUAAUUACUACAAACAGAGCUCAAGAUUCGGAGACUAAUGGACAGAAUCAGACAGAGUAUUCAGAGGUGUCUUUCAGAUGAUUAUCAUUCAGACUGUAUUAUUAUACAGCUGAUCUUAUUACAGGCCAGAGCAUGUUGGAGCAUUUGUCCGUAUGUAUCAAAGCUUCAAGUCUCAAAGUUGAACUGCAAAUCUACUGGUUGUGGCAUAGUUUACUACAAAUAAUACAAGUACUUGAUGAAGAGAAUUUAAUCUUUAACAAGAAAGAAAGACCAGAAUUCCAGAGUAUUCACAACAGGCAAACUUUCACUUUAACUAAUGAGACGCUCCGUUAAUUUCUGAUAUCAAUCUUGUCUGCAGCUGCACAGCUUCAUACCUUACACACUAUAAUCAUGUCUAGACUUGAGUUUAGCUGGUUUGUGUAGUAUUAUUUUCACACCCAUCCACAUGAUUA